CUAGCGUUUGGAUCUGAAACAGAGCAUGGUUUUAAUAGCAGUCUACAAUCCGCGUUUAACGAGAACCAGAAUUUUAAGUACUUAAACUGCUGUCAUCACAUCUCGGACAAAUUUUUUUUUUUUUUUUUUGGGUUUGUACUCCACGUCACUCUGAAAACCGCUGGUGCGUAAAAUAGCCCUAAAUGCCAUGCGCGCGUCUCGAAUGCAGAGCUAGAUGUUCUGUCCCAGGUAGGCUACACAGUCCUCUGAUGUGGCGUGUCUGCGGCAACUGUGGAGUUUUGAUCUGCGCUGUUCAGAAUGAGAAAAACGCGCAAAAGACGACAAGCUGUUAUGAGUGUUGAGUAAAAGCGGGUAGAAGCCUUACUGCGAGUAAAUGGGAUUCAACGUCAUCCGAACAGAAUGUAAAGAAUUUUUUGAAGGAUGGGAGGAAAAGGCAUCUCUGCCGCGUUGCUGUUUCUGGGAUACAUCUCCGUAUCUUCGGUUAAUGCAGAUAGUUUGUCUGCUCCGCUCAAUGUGACCAUCAAAACCUUAGAGGGCAACUCAGCAGUGGUCACAUGGGACAUUCUGGAAGGGGAUCCUGUCAUCGGCUUUGCAAUCACGCAACAGAAGAAAGAUGUGCACAUGAUGCGCUUCAUUCGGGAGGUGAACACCACUACUCGCUCCUGUGCAUUGUGGGAUUUGGAGGCAGACACAGAAUAUAUUGUCCAUGUACAGUCCAUCAGCAUGAGUGGGACCAGCCCUCCCAGUGACCCUAUCCUCUUCCGCACCCCAAAAGAGUCUGAGAAACUGGCCUCCAAAAGUCCUGAUGAGGUGACUAUGAAAGAGGUCGGUGAGGCAGCCCAGCUGAGGGCUGGAGAACUCAUCAUUAUAGUGGUGGUCCUGAUCAUGUGGGCAGGAGUGAUCGCUCUCUUCUGCCGCCAGUAUGACAUCAUCAAAGACAAUGAGCCCAACAAUAACAAGGACAAAGCCAAGAACUCAUCAGAGUGCAGUACCCCUGAACACCCUACAGGGGGCCUUCUGCGUAGCAAGGUCUAAUCACACAGGCAAUAAUGGGCUUCAGCCUCAGGACAUUAGCUUGGCUAGAUGGCGGUGUUAAUCAAGAGAGCUGAAGGGUACCUGAAGGAAUCGCAGGGCAAUUAAACAUCCCCCUGUCCACACUGAUGGCCAUUAGCUCCUCGUCUCCAUCUCCAUGGUGACAGCCUAACAGACUGCCCUUUCACUCUGUCACCAUCUCUGAGUAAACCGCACCUCCGCGUUUCAUGCUACUACGCUGACAGUGCCGGAGACCCGAUCCUUCUGCUUUAAUGACUCGUGAUUAACCUUGGCCACCGGGGAAGAAGCGGGUGGGGCUGCUGUGUGAAAAAUAGCAGGUGUCAAUACUGGGUCGAGGUAGCUUACAUCACAGAACAGAAGAGACGGAGGAGGGUGGAAGUUGGUUCACACUGGUGAGGGUUAUACUCCCUUCUUCACAGCUGGUUCCGGCAUCAGCGGAUACGGCGAGGCACAGGGGCACUUAGUGACAGAGAGGGUGCAGCUGUCUGUGUGUCUCAGCCCGCAAGCAGUGCUCCAAAGCAGUGUUACGCUGACCGCUGACCUUGUCAGUCUGCCAUGCCAGCUCAUGACCCACACACAGAGAGCAGGGCAGUAGCUUGCACCACCCACAAUACCUACAUGCAAGGUCCCUAUGUUACAUUUCAAACCUGGUCUGCAAAACAACAACACUCACAUAUAUCAUUCUGUACUUCUACAGUAGAUUCCGAACUUAUCCAGCUCUUCUAAAAGCCUUCCACAGUAGGAAUAUCAAAAUCAAGAGAAAAAAAUGCUUUCUGGUGCUUAGAAAGUGGAGAAGAAAAUUCUCCCUUCAAUGCCAGUGAUUCCUAAGCAGCACAAAUUCAAAGUUUCUGCAGAGGUAAGGGGAUGUCCUCGAGAAUGCUCCUGUUUGGCCCUGUAUUUCAGCAUUUUCAAAUAUCCAGUGUGACCGAUUUAUUUUUGCGACUGUACUUGAAUUUUUUAGUUACAUUUUUAAAUUUGUAAAUAUGCAUAUUUAAACAGUUAUUUUGUUACUGUCCAACAGUACAACCCACAGAAAAAAAUGUAACUGAAAGUUGUGAAUAGAAUUAAAUAAUCAUAUCAUCAUAUCUAUGAUGUCUAGCAACUUUACAACUGUCUAGCAACUAUUACAGAGCAUAACAUCCAUCACUAUAUAAAUGAAAUACUUUAUAUAUGCCAUAGAUACAUCUACAAUUAGAAAUGUUCUGUAAUUUAGAGAGAUUUAUGAAUCUGUCAUGCACAUCAAGUAAAUCAACAUGGAGUGAAUUACUAUAUCAUGAGAGCUGUAAUAAAGGAAAACAAAAAACAUUCAUCAUUUUGGAGGCAAAAUGAAAUGUAGCAAUGCGUGGUUAUGUUAUAUAAAGAAAAUCUCUCUUGCUAACAAAAUUCACAUUAAAAGUAUAAGCAGUCAUACUAAGCUACUUGUCCAUUCAAAAUCAUGGCCAAUAUCUAAUAACAUUGGUAUCUAUGAGCCAACUAGCAGUCUAGUUAUGUGCACAAACACCACAGGCCUGCAUACAUUGAGGCUUUCACAUUAAUGGACUUGCAUUUUGAAGAUGGUUUGGUGACUAGUGUAAAGUACACAUCUGACUUUGAUUUUGUGCUUUCAAUUAUUGCUUUAUACAUUAAUUUGAGUUUAACAUGUUAAAACUACAAUCAGAGAUGCCCAACAAAACAAUUUAGCAACAAAAAGAUUAGGACC